GUUUCGGAUCCACGACUGCUGAGGUCAGAGGUCAGCCAUGCAGCGGUUUGCGGUAGCCGGUGGACGGUCGUUGGUCCGUGUGUCCGCCUGUCGCCUGCCGUUGGCCUCGGGCAAGCGCUUACGGGAGGAUGGCAGCACUGGGAGGCUGCUCCCUACGUGCUGUCAUCACCGCGGUUUCAGGUCUGCUGACCGGAGCCUGGCUUAUGUCAAGGAACUGAUUCUGGGGAAAAUCAACCAGAAAGAAGUUUUUCCUUAUCCAGAGAUCAGUAAUGAAGAAUUGGAAGAGAUUAAUCAACUUGUUGUACCUGUGGAAAAAUUUUUCAAUGACGAUGUUGAUUCAAAAAGCAUUGAUAUGCAUGCAAGAAUUUCACCAGAGACCAUGAAAGGACUCAAAGAGCUGGGUUUGUUUGGACAACAGGUUCCUGUAGAGCAUGGUGGUCUUGGUCUAUCAAACACCAUGUAUGCACGAAUUGGUGAGAUCACUUCUUUAGAUGGGUCAAUUGCUGUUACGUUAGCGGCUCAUCAAUCUAUUGGACUGAAGGGAAUUCUAAUUGUUGGCACUGAUGAACAAAAAGUCAAAUAUCUGCCUAAACUAGCAACUGGAGAACAUGUUGCAGCUUUUUGUCUCACAGAACCAGGAAGUGGAAGUGAUGCAGCAUCGAUUCAAACCAGAGCAACACUCAGUGAUGAUGGACAGCACUAUUUGCUCAAUGGUUCAAAGAUCUGGAUAUCAAAUGGUGGAAUUGCAGAAAUUUUCACAGUGUUUGCACGAACAGAAGUGAUUGACAAAGAUGGUACAACUAAGGACAAGAUCACAGCUUUUUUGGUGGAGAGAGAUUUUGGUGGAAUUACCAGUGGGAAACCAGAAGACAAACUAGGAAUCCGUGGAUCUAAUACAUGUGAAGUUCAUUUUGAAAAUACCAAAGUGCCAGUAGAAAAUGUCCUGGGAGAAGUUGGUGGUGGAUUUAAGGUGGCCAUGAAGAUCUUGAAUAGUGGACGCUUUAGCAUGGGGAGUGCAUCUGCAGGAAUGAUUAAAAAACUUAUUGAGAUGACAGCAGAGUAUGCAUGUACCCGCAAGCAAUUUGACAGGAAGCUGAGUGAGUUUGGGCUGAUUCAGGAGAAGUUUACACUGAUGGCGAUGCAAGCAUAUGUAAUGGAGAGCAUGGCUUACUUGACUGCAGGAAUGAUGGACCGUCCAGGAGAGCCAGAUUGUUCUGUAGAAGCAGCCAUGGUGAAGAUUUACAGUUCUGAGGGUGCCUGGAUGUGCGUCAGUGAGGCUCUGCAGAUUCUGGGAGGCCUUGGCUAUAUGAAAGAUUAUCCAUAUGAGCGAUUUCUCAGGGAUAGCAGAAUUCUUCUGAUUUUUGAGGGGACUAAUGAAAUUCUUCGGAUGUACGUAGCCUUAACUGGUUUGCAGCAUGCAGGAAAGGUCCUUACCGAGAAAAUAAAAGCGAUGAAGAGAGGAAGCAUUGGAGUUGUGUUGGAGCUUUUAGGAAAAAGAUUGGGAAGUACUUUUUUCAAAGAAGUGGAUUAUGGUCUCACUGGCAAAAAUGGUGUUGUGCAUCCUAGUUUGAAGGACAGUGCCAAAAAAUUGGAGGAGAAUGUGUAUUAUUUGGGAAGCACGGUGGAAAACCUAUUGUACAGAUAUGGCAAGACAAUAGUAGAAGAACAACUGGUAGUGAAAAGAGUGGCUGAUAUUCUUAUUAACAUUUAUGCGAUGACAGCAGUUAUCUCGAGAGCUAGUCGCUCUAUCAGCAUUGGCCUUCGCAAUCAUGACCAUGAGGCUUUUCCAGAUGUUCUCUGUCUCUCCAGGUUUUACUUGCCAACACCUUUUGCUCUGAGGCCUAUUUUCGGAAUAAUUAUCUUAUGGCUCAACUACAGAAAAAUUCUCCUGAAAACCUUGAUGACAGCAUUAAGAAAAUAGCACAGCAGGUGCUGGAAAAGAGAGCAUACAUUUGCUCGCAUCCACUGGAUCGAACAUUUUAGAACAUAAGAGCAUAAACUAACUGCAGUUUUCUAGAGCGUGUGCAUAUUAACAUGGAUAUCAAUGCCAGAGAAUAAAACUGAAGUAAAAUUGGAACUUAAAGUUCUGAAAUACUUUAUAAAGUCUUUUGCGAUAUUUUUCAGCAUUUAUCUUCACUAUUAACAAGUCUGAAGCAAUUCUACAAAUUUACUUAAGCAGUAGAAAUGAUUAAAAUUCAUCACAGCUAAAAUCAAAUGCAGCAGAUAUCAGUUUUAUCAAUGAAAUGUACAAAAAAUAGUCAAAUAAUCAGGUCAGCUGCAUGGGCAUUUCUGUUUUUGGAGUGGAUUAGAGUACUUCUGUGGCAGGCUUGUUUGUUUGGAACAGGUGGGUCUUCAUUUCCUCAUUUAGUGGAUUGAAUUUAGGAUUGUAAAUAAGCGUAUGCUUAUUGCAGUAUACACUGAAGAAAGAAAACGUAAAAAUGGGUUAAUAUAAACAAUGCAAAAUUAAUAAAGUAUGGUAUUACUAGGAGCUAAAGAAAUCACUAAAAUUUUCAUCUUGAGAUUAAAAGUUCUAACUAAACUGGGAGAUGAGAGAAAUAGGAAACUGAACUGCAAUGACUGCACAUAAGGUCAUAAUGUAACACCUCUGGAUUUGAGACCAGUGUUAAACUAUCUUUCAUUUAUAAAGGAUAAAGACUUUCUCCCUGGUCGUAUAGGUCUUUAAUAUUUUUUUCCCACUGAUUAUAAACUUUUUGGCCUUUACUGGUAUCUGUUAAAACCAAUUAGUGGUAGGGUCUGAUCAAUUAACUCGUGGACCUGAUUGCUUCCUGAGAAGCUGCCAUCACUGUUAAUUAAAUCCCAGCUGAGGAGAAUUUGAAGUUCCUUCACUUGCUGGAUAAAUGACCUGGAACUUCUUCCCUAACAGCAAUACUUCUACCAGGUGGAUUGCAGUGGUUCAAAAUUGUCGUUCAACACCACUUUAUGAUAAUUGGGGUGAACAAAACUGACCUAGUGAUCCUGUAUCCCUUGAAAUAAUAUUUAUUUAAAAACUGACAUUUUACUCUAUUUUCCCAUGGGCCUAUUCUAUAGGCAAAUAUUCAAUCUGAAAUUUCUCCCAUUAGCAGUGCAAUGUUAUAGCUAUUGUCUUCAUAACUUAGCUUAGCUUUGUCUCUGAGUACCAUUAAUGAGGCUGCAUGAAUUACAUGUAAGUUUCAAAAGUUGAACCAAUUAAUUUUGUAAUAUUGUUAUAACGUUUCAAUCAAUUUUACUAAAGUAUCAGUAUUAUAGUUGUGGUUCUCUUACUUGAAAUCAUUUCCUUUGAGAUCAGCAAACUUCUUGUGUUCCAUGUCAUACCGAGGAAUUAUGUUCGCAUUUAUUUUCCAGCUACGGUUAUCAUUUAAACCAGGGGCAAACCCUUUGGUGAUUUCUGACUGAUGUGGGGAUUUACAUCUUAUCAAAUUUCCAACAUCUGCAUAAGCUGUACGCUAGGCAAAAAUAAUACACAAAUGAAGUUUAAACUUUAAUCAUAAAAUUGAAUGCCAGCUUUUAAAAAGUACUGCAUGCAUUAGCAGUUCUAAGCUCGGGAACAUUGAUAAACUGUGGAGAUUUCCGGAAGUGUGUGUUCCACAAUUCAAUAUCCAGUAAUUCAUUCACUAUUUGUCUUGAUUCAAACUUUGGUUCAUCACUAUCUACAUUGAUAUAUGGAUCUCAACAGUUGCUUCUAAAACACCUUCAGGAUAGAAAAAAAAUUUAUGAAGCCAGGCCCAAAAGGAAAAUGAGGAAAUGUAACCAACAGUUGGAAUGUAGAAGUUGAUUUUUGGAGGAGAAUAUGGGAGAUAUUCAAGAGUAAUGCUUAGGCAGCUGAAGAUACAAUGAUGAGAUGGAGAGCAAGGCAAGUAGAAAUGGCCAGAAUCAGGGAUGGAAGAGUACAAUAGUUGUGGAACAGAAUUAUGCCACACAUUGGGGAAGGACAAGAAUUUAAUCAUGAGUACUGUCACUUUACAUUUGUUUCUUGACAACCAGUUGAAUGAGUGAUAGUUAUUCCAAGACUAGGAUGUAGGCAGGAGAGUUUUGGAUAAACUGAUAAUUGUGAAAAGUGGAGGCUUUGAGGCCAGUUAGGACUUCAUUGAAGUUAUGGAACCUUGAGAUAAGAAAACAAAAUGGAUGAGUGUUUCAGCUGUAAAUGGGCUGAAGCAGUGUGGAAAUCAGCAACAUUUUCUGCAGCAAAAUUUAGAUGGCACUGGUGUAAUGGAGAGCAUGUAGGAUCACAAAUUUGGCUUGGAGUAAAGUGGAAGGUUACUGUCUGAUAAAGUACGUAUUUUCUAAUCAACCUAUUUAUACAUGGAACAGGUGGGACUUAAACCUCCAGGAUCAGCUAGAUUUCUAAAUAUUUCUGACAGCAACAAGUGAUGAAGAUGUAAUUGAUACAGAAUUAGGAAUCAGAUUAUUUUGAGGAGGUUGAUGAUGAUUCUGAAGGAUGAGGUAUUCAUCUACAAUCUAACAUAAGCUAGCAUUGACAGCCAGAGAGGAAUGUGGGUCAGUAGUUUGGUAGAAAUGGAAUUUAGGAGGCAAGUGAUCAAACAUGAAGGGAAACACACACUAUAAAUAGACAGGUAUAUAAUUAGUGCAUGGAGGAGUUUGAGGAAGAUUUAGCUUUGUGCGGAAAGAUGAAGGAUAUUACUAAUCCAGUGACAAAAACAUUUGUAUUGUGAAAAAGUGGCCACAAGACUAGCCUGAAUUUUGCACUUGCCUUUCAGAUUUUUAUACAAAGGGAAAACAUUUUUUAAAAUGCUCACUGCUGUCUUGUACUGUUUAAAAAGUGGAUAUUAAUAACCUUAAUAGUUCACAGGUACAAUGUGAAAUGGCUGCAUAAGCCAUUCCAAGAGCAGUUAGGGAUGGCUAAGAAAAAGCUUUGUCAGCAAUGUCCACAUUCCAUGAAUGUAUGUAAAGAAACUCGUCUCAUUGAAUUGGCUUAAUCACUAGAUAAUUGUAAAAGCACUGGAAAAAUGACUUGCAAAAUGAUUAGUUUUGACAUUUCCAUUUUCAUGUUUUCAUCUGGCUCAAUUGAAGACUUGUUUUUGUUCCUUAAUGACACAUUUUGCUGCUGUGAAAAUGACAAUGAAACAAGGUCAAUAUUCCUUAGAUUAAUGCAAAGAAAAGGAUAGAUCGAAAACCUAUGUUUUUUGAGACACAGCAAAGCAUUAAAGAAAUUAAUCUGGAAGAUAGCAAUUUAAAUAAUGAGCUGCUGUAGUUAGACAUUUUUAAUGUGUUUGGGUUAGGUCUGUGAGAACAUCUUGGGGGAGAAAAGCUAUUUUACGAAGAUUAAAAAUGAGGUGUGAAUGAGUAUAACAUUCAGAUCAGUGAACAUUAAAAGAAAAAUUGUACUUUGAAUCAUUGUUGUAAAAUACCAUUUUUAUAAUUUACAUGUGUUUAAAUUGUAUGUUUAAUUGGUGUUUUUAUCUACAUGCUGAUUACUGCACACUAUAUUAAUAUAAUAUUUACAUAAAAGUUGCACUUCAUUUUAUGUGUGUCUUUUCCUGUGACCUGAUAUGCUCUUCAUUAAAAUAUUAUUUAAUUGAUAUUUGUAACUAGAUUUAAAGACAUUUCUGCUAUCGCAAAUGUUUCUUGAAGUCAGCAAGCACAGCUAUUACAUAUUCACAAAUAAGGGAACCGAACAGCUUAUAUACUGUGAAGGGUGGGAGAAGGUUGAUCAACACUUGGUGCAAAAUCAGAACUGAGCCUGUAAGGGAAACGUAGAUAGGACCACUAGUACAAACCAAGAAUUUAACUCACAAUAGACUGUCAAGCCUAUUCAGAAACUUGAAAAUGUUACAUGAUGAAUAUUUGGAUGAGCAAUGAUGUGGGGGUCAUUCUAUUAGUAUAUUUGCUCAUGUAGUCAUUCAAUUUUGUAACUGCAGUAAAGGUAGAAUUGAAUGGUGACAUGGAGUGGUAAAGAGGCAUAAAAUAGUUGAUAUAGUAACUGAUAGUCUAGAUAUUUCUAGGAAACACGUGAAUGAUGUGUAAUCAAAACAGCAUUAACCCAACCACAAUUAAUGGCUUCAAUUUAAGUUUAGUUAAAGGGGAUCAAUACUAACACUAUUCACCCCAGAGUACUCCGACACCAAUAGAUUUGAGAGCUUGGUGAUCAUAAUGAAGUUGGAUGAAUGCUGACAAGUUCCAAGUACACUGGAAACUGACUGUGAAGUAUAGUUUUAAAAAAGAUGACAAAACUGUUACUAGAAGUUAGAGAGUUGAAUUGAUUAUCUUAAUUUUUUUGGUGAAAUAACAUCUCCAAUAGACUAAAUUGAUCAAAUUUCAGGAUACCAAGAUUGCCAGUAAAGACUUGUCAAAGUAAAUCUUGAAAGGUUACCAGCCUCUGGUCAGUGCAGGAUUUUGAAUUAAAAUCUACAAAUGAAUGAAGAAUUUUGUUGAAGAACAGAAAGAUACAACUGUUAGAUGAGUCACAGUGCUGUUUAAUGCAGUCUUGUGGGAAUUGCUUCUUGAACACAUUUCCAAUUUGUACAAACAUUGGAAUCAGAUACUCAGUCAUCAAGGUGAGGCAAUUCUGGAGAAGCAACUUGCAAACUAAAAAAUGAGUGGAACCAAACAAUUAAAUGGAACAGUAGUCCAGUUAAGGAAUGCAAAAAUCAGCAAAGUAAAUAGAAUAUUGAAAUACAUAGUCAAAACUCUUAAGGUAGAGGAAAUCAUGAUCAAAUAGUAUCAUAUCAGACACAACUUGAGUACUCUUGUGUUCCAGACCUCAUUUAAUCCAUGAAUAGUGUCCAGGCUAACUCCCUGUAUUAAGGAAUGGACUAAUGACAGAAAAUAUGGACCAAUAUAUUGAAAACUGAGAGAAAGACAAAAACUCUACAGGUUCAAACCCGUAUAUGAAAAUUUUAGGCUUGAUGUUUGUGUAAUGAGCAGAUUUGCAUAGAUACCCAAAUACAACUGGAAGGAAAAAUGUGGAAAUUAAAAACAAACAACUGGACACCUUGAUGAGUGAAUGGAGCACUAUACAGAAUUUUCAGACAGAUAAACCAAGGUCAACUAAAUAUGAAGCUGGUAUCAUUUAUAUUGUGAACCAUAAUCUAAGAAUAUCUAUAUAAAUGUGCAAAUGAAUAUGUUGAAGGAAAACACAGCAGUCAAUUCAUAAACAGCAAGGUUUGCAAACUACCAUUAAAUGGGUGAUUAAAUAAUUUAUUGAAUUGACAAUGGCACCAAAAGAUCUUAACUCUUCAAAUGUGUCAUGGAAUCUUUUACAUUCAUAUGAAAGCAUACAACCUUCUGACUCAAAGUCAAGAGUGUUUGUGACCACUAAACAAGGCAUGUUAUCUUCAGGUUCAUAGGUGUUAUUGUUUCCUUGCCACCAGAAAAAAUUCAAAGCAUUUUUUUUUAUUUUCUGUCUAUUAUGCUUGUAUUGAAAUGCCUUGAGUUUUAGAAAAAGCAAGGACUUUCUCCCCUUACUGAAAAUAAUUUGUUAGCAAACAAAUUUUCUUUUCUUAAUUAAAUUGAUUGAAGCAGGGACAACUAAUGAGUGUUUGGCACAGAUCAUUAUUCUUUUUAGGGAAACAAUGGAUAAAUAUUUAAAGUGUGGAAUGAGUUGGUUUCAGAGUGAGAUCAGGUUAAGUUUUGCAUUAACUUAGCACUGUAAAAAGCCCAGCUGCCUCCUGUGUUGUAACCUUGAACAAUUUUGUGUACUUGUUUUCCUUGGUUAAUUUCAGAGCCGGAGUUUGUGAACAUGCAUUACUAAGCCACACAUUUUUAACUGUUUUCAUUUCACAGAUUAACUCAAAGUAAGCAUAGGUAAUUAAUGAUUUAGUGAUGCAUGUGUGGAGAGCUGUUCAUUUUGUGGAAACGUGAACAAAAUAUUGGUGUUAUGCUUGAAAAUAUUACAUCAUUACACCAUGUUUAGUAACAGAUGAUGGCAGGGGGCAGGGUGGAGUGUCAGCUGACCUUUUUCUUUAACUGGUUAGGCUGGUAUCAUAGUAAUUCUAGGAGAUAUAAAUUUCAGGAUUUUGGUGCACAUGGACUACGUAAUGGCUUGAAAGUGAAUCUGAACUUUAUAUAAAAAGCGUGCUAGAAACAGAUUAAGACAACAAGCAAGUUCAUAUAUAGAGAUCUGUCUGACACCAAUGAAUGUGCAUAAUAUUAAGAUGAUAAGUGAAUAUUAAAAAGAAAAUUUGUACUUUGAAUCA